CGACCCUCUGCCCACUCGGCUCCGCUCCAGCCCGACAUCCGUUCAUUCAUCUAUUCCUUCAAUCCCGUCGUCUUUCAGAUUACAGCUGAGAGAGUCCAUCAUGACGACACCUCCAUUAAUCCAGACUCACCCAGAGUCCCGACCAUCGGGCGAUUCUGAUGACCCGACCGAGCCAUUUCUGCCCCGACCGUCGUCAUCCGGAUCCUCAGCUCAGCGGAAUCCAACUCCGGUCCUGAUCCGGCUGUAUAUCUCCCAUUUCCUGUCAACAUGGAACUCGCGCAUGUUUGAGUUCGGAGCCGUCUUGUUCCUGGCCACCAUCUUUCCCGGAACCCUGUUGUAUGCCUCGGUUUAUGCCCUGGUUCGGUCCCUAUCGGCCGUCGUCCUGUCAUCCUGGCUCGGAUCGGUGGUGGACCGAUCGAACCGGUUGCGUGUAAUUCGGCAUUCGAUUAUCUGGCAACGACUCCCUGUGGCAGCCUCCUGCGCAUGUUUUGUGGCUCUACUUAUGCCGUCUACGUCCACGGGUGCUUCCCUCAUUUUUGUAGCCGCGGUUCUGCUCGCUUGUGUAGAGAAGCUGGCCGCUACGGCAAACACGGUGGCUGUUGAGAGAGACUGGGCCAUUGUUGUUUCGGAUGCUUUGGACAUUCCUCGACAAGACCUCAAUGCGUCUAUGAGAAGGAUUGAUCUUUGUUGCAAACUAUUAGCCCCAGUUGUCAUCUCUGUGAUUGACGGGUUCUCAACCAGGAUUGCCAUAUGGACGGUCUUGGGGGUGAAUGUCUCCUGUGUUGUGGUUGAGUAUAUUGCAAUUGCUCAGGUGUAUGCCUCCAUCCCUCAACUGGAGCGUUGCCAUGAUCGGAGCCCUGGAAUCCGAAAUGAAUCCGAGUCUGGUCAGCAGAACAGUGACGCGAUUCAGACUGCAACCUGUCGCAUAUCACUGUAUAUCGCCAAGGUUGCAGUCCCAGGGCAAGAGUACGUGGCCAGCUCCGUAUUUCUGGCCUCUCUUGCCUUGAGCUUGCUUUACCUUACGGUGCUCUCGUUCGGCACUACUAUGGUUACGUAUUUGCUGCACACCGGAUUCACCCCGCUGCAGGUCAGCGGCAUGAGGAUCGGCGCUGUCAUUGCAGAGCUGUCUGGGACAUGGGCAGCCCCCUUCAUCAUGGGAAAAAUUGGACCUAUCCGGUCAGGCCUGUGGUUUCUCAACUGGCAGUUUGGCUGCCUGGCCGCUGCAGUCGCAGCAUUUGCUUUCCUCGACAACCAGUCUCAGGUGGUCGCCGCAAGCCUUAUAGUUGGCGUGGCCCUCAGCCGAAUUGGACUAUGGGGAUUCGAUCUGUCGGUACAGUUUCUGGUUCAAGAGGGUGUUGACGAACAUGCGCGUGCGCGGUUCUCAUCCACGGAAAUGGCUCUCCAAAACAUCUUCGAGCUUCUCUCCUUUGCGACGACCAUCGCCUUUCCCCUCCCGGAGCAAUUCAAAUACCCAGUAUAUAUCAGUUACGGGGGAAUCGCAAUGGCCGCCAUCUGCUUUGCGACGUACGUCCGCAAGGAACGGGGGCACCUGCUGCAUACAUCCAAAUGCUUUGGGGGAGACAAGAAGAAGAUGGCCCUUGACCCUCGGGAUGUCAUCAUACAUAGCGCAUGAUGAGAUAUAGUAUGUAGUGCAAUGUGACGUGAGCUAUAC